AUGGAUACCGAUUGGUGCAUCAUGUGCGAUUCUCACUGCAAUAUUCCCGGUGCAAUUUACUGUUCAGAAGAAUGCAAACUUCAAGAUCGUUUAAGUGCUUAUCCAUCAUUGGCUUCGACCACAAAUUCAUCGAUUUCAUCAGUUUCUCUUCAAUAUCCUACGGGUGGAAAUACAAAGUUUGAAAAAUCACCAACCGUUAAAUUUGUUACACCAAAGACGCCAUCAAUUCAAUUUGCUAAACACACCUCUUCGAAAGCAUGUGCCAGUGCGAGUAACGUACGAGAUAGAAAGAUGUCAAAAUCCGUAUACGUUCAAUAA